ACUACCCGAAUUCACAAAGAACUUUUCUAACAGUUGAUCUUCGCUCUCCAAGUCAUCUCUCGCAAAAUCUUACACCGAGCGGUUUGUUUUAGGGGUGGUAUAAAACAGACAAUUGAAAAAAUCAGAUGUAGUGACGUUGCAUGUUCACAGGAAGAUUAACUUUUCUGCAAAGUUAUAAAUUAGGCAAUGCUGCGUCAGACGGGGGGACACAGCGCAGUUGUUUUGACCUUGACAUUGCUUUAAUGUCAUUUCAUAUAAGAAAACGUCAUUCAAGUCAGUUUUUGGCUCCCUUUUAUGAUUUUGUACCGCGGAUGCAAAACACGUCGUCAUGACAAAGGAAACUCUCUGGACCGUGGCAAUCACGGCGACGUUUUUCUUCGGUUUAUGCUUUUCAACUCUUAAAGCAGAAACCCCUUCUUGUCACGGAGCCUACGACCUUUACUUUGUUUUGGACCGAUCUGGGAGUGUUUCGACCGACUGGGAUCAGAUCUAUGACUUUGUCAAAAAUCUAACAGAGAGAUUUGUGAGUCCAAAUAUGCGUGUGUCCUUCAUAGUUUUUUCAUCGAAAGCAGAGAUUGUGUUACAUCUCACUGGAGACAGGGCAAAAAUAAAUGAAGGUCUGAAGUAUUUAAAUGCUGUCAAACCAGCAGGAGAAACCUACAUGCAUGAGGGAAUAAAACAGGCAACUGAACAAAUGAAAAAACAGCUUAAAAAGUCCUCUAGUAUCAUUGUGGCUUUGACUGAUGGAAAGCUUGAACCAUAUAUCCAUAAACUCACUAAGGAUGAGGCUGAUGAAGCAAGGAAAUUUGGUGCUCGUGUGUACUGUGUCGGCGUAAAGGACUUUGAUGAAGAACAGCUCGCCGAUGUGGCUGAUACCAAGGAGCAAGUGUUCCCAGUCAAAGGAGGCUUUCAAGCUCUCAAAGGCAUUGUUAACUCGAUCCUCAAGCAAUCCUGCACAGAGAUCCUAACAGUGGAGCCCUCCAGCGUCUGUGUGAACCAGUCCUUUGACAUUGUUUUGAGAGGGAAUGGCUUCACACUGGGUAGACAAACAGAAGGAGUGGUCUGCAGUUUCGUAGUUGAUGGAGCUAAUUACAAGGUGAAUCCAAGCAAGGUGAAGAAUGACUAUGUCCUGUGUCCUGCUCCAGUGCUGUAUUCAGUGGGACAGCAAUUGGAGGUUCUGAUCAGUUUGAACAAUGGCACAUCAUUUAUCUCCAGUGCUUUCAUCAUCACUGCUUCCACAUGUUCGGACGGCACAUUGGUGGCCAUUGUGUUCUUGGUGCUCAUUGUCCUGUUGGCUUUGGCUCUGAUGUGGUGGUUCUGGCCUCUCUGCUGCACUAUCGUUAUUAAAGACCCACCCCCUCAAAGACCUCCUCCACCUCCACCUAAGCCAGAGCCAGACCCAGUACCCAAGAAAAAGUGGCCAACUGUUGAUGCAUCUUAUUAUGGGGGAAGAGGAGCCGGUGGUAUCAGGCGCAUGGAGGUCCGUUGGGGAGAGAAAGGGUCCACAGAGGAGGGUGCACGGCUAGAGAAGGCCAAGAAUGCAGUGGUGUCAAUACAAGAGGAGACAGAAGAACCUAUGAUCAAAAAUCCACCCACAUCCCCACCCACAUACCAUCAAUCUGAAUCCAAGUGGUAUACUCCAAUCAGGGGUCGACUUCAGGCACUGUGGGCUCUUCUGCAGCGACAAUAUAACCGAGUUUCACUCAUGCGCCCAACUACCGCAGAUAAGGGACGCUGUAUAAAUUUCAAUCGGGUGCAGCAUCAACAGAUGACAGCAACCCGUCUCUGAAAUACUUUGACUUCCAAGUGAAUCAGAUGGAACAACAGAAAAAAAAGUGUAAUUUCCUUGAGAUGACAUAAUUUAUCAUUGGCCACUUUAGAGUAUCUUGUUUCAGCUCUUACAAGUAUUGGCUUUCCAAAACUUAUCCUUCUGAUAUCGCUCAAGCAACUGAAUGACAAGCGGAUGACUAAAUAGAUAAAAAAAAAAAAUUUAAAUCUCAUUUUACAGCUGAUCUGGUAACUUUAAUGCAUAGCAAAAGGUUUUUCAUGUUCUGACCAUAUUGUGCCUUCUAGGGGAGGAAAAACAAACUAAUCUUAUAGACACAGAUGGAGGCUAUUUAAAAAAAAAAAAGAUAUCAGAAUGAGAUGCGGCUCUUUGCCGUUGGCUGAGAAAUAGAACUAAUCCCAGUAGGCUCAUGGAGUGCAGAAGUACUUUGCCUCUUGGCAAUGUAUCUUCACAAAAAUCUCUCUAAGCCCACCAUCAUCGGAUGCCUAGCGGGGCUUCUUUGACUGGAGAUCUUGUCAAUUUACCACUGAGAAGUGCACACGCAUGACAAAUUGUAGUCAGAACGCCCUAAGGUAUUAAAUGCAGGAAGACUUUGCCCUUUAGUUUUGGGAAGACACCUUUCUAUCAAUGCGAGGACAGCACAGAGAAAUUAAUAGAGCGUUAUUUCACCAUGAGACACCCGGUGUCCAGAGCUCUCCGGCAAGGUUUUGAGGGGCAGAUUUAUCUCUGGUGACUGGUGCUUUCUCCCCAUUUAUUUGGCAGUCUGUUCUUACUGUGCUUACUAAUGCAUAGACCUUCACAAUUACGAACAUGCCCCUCAGUUAAAGGUUUGAAUACAGUCAGUACAGCUGUCCAACCACUGGAUGUCCAAAACUUUUGCGCACAAGUUUUCUUGGCUUAGGAAUAUCAAACUUUGAUUGAUCUUAAUUCAACUUUAGAGAUUUAUCUUUGGUAUGAAGUUUAACCAGUCUAGACAUUUUCUGUUACAUAAUGUUUUUUAGCACCAAGUUCCUCAGCUCUGCUAAUGUGACGCCCUCAUCAGAUAUAUUAGGAAGAUAGAUCAAACGAAAGGGGCGAUGGAUGGAUGAGUAUUGUUAAUUUCCAGAAAUUAUCCACAAUGCACUCCCCCCUCCAAUUGUACACAGAAAAGCGAGCAAUAUAUAUUUAUUUUAGAUUUCUUUAAUGCCUCGUCAUGAUGACAAUCGCGAAUGAUGUCAGUGUCAGUGGGAACACUGUGGGGGAGGAAGGGGGCGGCAGCUGAAGAGAAAGGCUCGAACGAUAAAGUCACUUUCGAUACGCUACUUCAGACGCAAAAUGAAUAUUUGAGUCGAAAUCUGACAAAGUGUGCCGGCUUUGACGGGAAGUGGUAUAGACAAUGACCAGUGGCUGGGUCAGUGGGAUGUCUCAGUGCAAGCAGGGAAGCUUAUCAAAUGACACUAAAAAUAAGUUCAACAACCAUCAAGUUUGAGGGGGGAACAGAAUGGGGUGCAGUGGCUCACAUUCAGUGGGCAUGCAAGUUGCAAGAUGGCAGGACUGUUUUGGGGAAAAGCCCUUGUUUAAUUAUUUCUUUGUUUCUAUCGUAAAUGUGGGGACUUCAAUUAUUACUCGCCUCCACCCCCUCCCAAAGAAAAAGAAAAAAAAAGAACAGAAUACAUACAUGGCAUUGUUGAAACAUUUGACAUCGUUCCCAGAGUGGCACUUAAAAGUUAAGCGAAU